AUGUACAGCAUCCAGAACAUAGUUGAAUCGAUGGGCACCCUUUUCUUCGGGCAGUGGAAUUCGCCAUGCCCUUCCCCGACUUGCAACACUCCAACCAAGGACGCAUUUCGAAGUGUGCUCCUGGAGCAGAAGCCGGACAUCGUGGUGACUGUGUACCACAUGGACCUCCUUCCCAUUCUCGAGGUGGCGAAGGAUGUGGGCAACCUCCCGGUCCUGCACAUCGCUACAGACAUGGAUCUGAAAAUGCGCGAGCUCAAAGCUUUCGCUGCCAAAGAUAUGUUGCGACCCCACUCCUGCCUCAGCCGUGAUGCCGCCAGGAUUGACGAAUCUGAUGUAGUGAGCUCCGGGGCCAUGGUGGACUCUCCACGUACUCCGCCUCCGGUCUCCCGGAAGGGCAGCCGCGAGUCGACUGUGUACGGACGGUCGCGGGUGCCCAGCGAUGCGAUGGAUCUGGAGGAUCGCUCCCCCAGAAGGGCCUGGUUUCAGGAGGAUGGCCGAUCCCCGAAGAAGAGCAGCGGUGACGGCGCCACCCGCCGACUGGGUGCGACUUUAAUGCCCAUCCGUGCUGGUGCUGACGGCGGCCUGGAAGUGCUUUGCGCGCAAAAUACAGUUCUCAACUACCUGAAGUCAGAACCGGGCAAACAUGUGCUCGUAGACUUUCCUGGGGAGUUUCGCUUGCUGGGGGCCCUCUACAAGCCUGCAGUGGAUGUGACCCCUUUGGACACUGCGAUCCGCGGUCUUACCAGCGCGGGAUUGCGGAAUGCACAGCGCUACAUCCGCUCUUACGUGGCAGAGAGGGAGGAGUUAGGCUUCGCAGCGAUGCGUGCUAUGCUCUUCGAUGUCACCUUGCAGGCCGGUGGGGCGCACAAGACGUUUCACUUCGUGUGUUCAAUGAGCCGCACGGCCUCCGAGCGCCUGGUGAAUCUGCUGAACCAGUUUCUGGAAGCUCAGCAGGACUGCUGCGACUCCAAAGGCGACAAGCUCUUCGAGAUUCCUGAAGCUUUGCGAGCACAGCUCUGUCCCAUGUUCCACAAAGUGUCAUGGUGGCGAAUCGAUGAGCUACUGAAUCAGUCCGAGCUCGACUUCGUAAAUGAAUACCAGCGAGUCGGACUGCAAGCACACGGGCGGGCAGCGCGUCCUUCUGGAAAUGCACACCUGGACAUGCUCCGGCGUCUUCAGAAGUUCACUGCUGACCAAGUGUUCCAGCAGUGUAUCCUGAGAGAGCAAGCCCUGCUCUGCGUGCCGAAGAACUGCUGGAGUGAGCUCGAGUGCGGGGAGCUGGAACCCUGCAUCCAAGGAUGCGAUGGUUUGAACAUCCUGUCCUACAAUUUGAACAUCCUUCCCUUUGGCGUGGCGUCGCUGCGAGGCCACGAGAGCCUUCACAGCAGCGCCCGGCUGCAGCUGUUCCUGGCGGCUGUGAAGGGCGAGCUCGAGGCAGAGGCUGGCCCACGCGAAGUCGGCAAGGAUCGUGUCCGAGCGCCGGACGUGAUUGCUGUGCAGGAGCUGUUCGCCUCACCAUUUGUGCCGUGCUUCUGUGCACAGUCCGCUGCCGUGAGCACGAUGGCAUCGUUGGGCUAUCAUGCUGUCAUUGGGCCCAAGCCAUCCGUGAUGGACUUGCUUCGGCGAGGAAAGUGGACCGACAGCGGAUUGGUCAUCUUCAGCCGGCUGCCAGUUGCGGAGACGCGAUCAAUUCGCUUCGCGUCGGGGGCUGCUUUGGAUGCCGGUGCCUGCAAAGGUGCCAUGUGGGCGCGGGUGGAACUGGCGUCAGGACGAUAUUUGGAUGUGUUCAACUGCCACCUCCAAGCCUCACACACGGGUGCGGAUGGUGAGGUCUUCGAUCGGAUCCGCCGGUCGCAAUUAAAGGAGCUUCGAGAAUUCAUUGAGCUCGCCGGCACGGAACAUCCCUAUGUCCUCACUGGUGAUUUCAACGUCGACGCAAUCCCGGAACCCUCGGACCCCAUGGGUACGUAUGGGAUACCCUUCCGCCCGCCACGCCAGGAGUCGGAGGACUACCAACGCCUCCUCCAUGCCCUGGACCCACGCGGACGGCUGGUGGAUCUCCUCUGUGGGCCUACGCCUCAAGACCCCCUCGGGAAGGAGUCACCGUCAGGCCGGCGCCAUCCUUGCACGCGACCACCGCGUUUGCGGAUGCCCUCCUCUGCAGGCUAUGUGGCGCGACAUAAGUACCCGCAGCGGCUGGAUUACGUCUUCUAUCGACCUACGCUCACCUCACUGGUGGAGCAUGCUCACUCGGAUGUCGAGCCCUUUGAAGUGAGUGGUCAGCCAUUUGAAUACCUGAGCGAUCACUUUGGCAUUCGAGCUCACUUUCGAUUCCGCUGCAGCUUCGCGUGGGCGCGCGACCCCCCCAAGUGUAAACCAAAUGAGCCGUCGCUCCUGCGGAAGGCAGUGGAUGCCCUAUGGAAGCGAUGGUUCGAAGGAUCGCUGCUGCUUGGUCUUUUGCCGGCAGCUUAUCUUCAACUGCGGAAGGCAGAGCUCCUGCAAGACGUCCUCCAACGGCCGUUCAGCAGACUUGGUGUCCCUCUCGCGCUCCAGCCUACUCUACUGCAGUACGGCUUCCCUCUGGCCUGCGCUGGCGGCUGUGGGCUGCUCCUGCUGUUUCGGCGACGCUUGCGCGAGGAGGAGCGGCCUCCUUUGGAGCGCACGCUUUCCAUGACCGCAGAGUUGGCCUCGUCAGCUUUCCGACGACGGUUGCAGGCCCAGUCAGAACGGCCAGCCAAGACCAUUGCCUCCAGCCCCUACGACAGCUUCAACGGAUCCGUGGAGUCCUACCGGCUACGGCCCUGCAUUGGGCGACGGCCUCUGAACUCGGAUGGUAGUUUGGGAGAGUACACCUGGCUGAGCUAUGGUGAUGCACAGUUCGAAGUCCUGCGGAUCUCCUCAGGCCUUCACCGGAAGUUCGGACUCAAGCGCAACGCGCAGGUGGGCCUCUUAGGCGAUGCCUCGGCAGACUGGCUCCUCUGUGACUUGGCUUUGAUGCGCCUGGGCGCCAACACCGUCUGCCUCGCAGCGCCUGCUUCAAAUCCGACCUUGAGCACGACGGCUCCGGUACCCAGCAGCGUGCAAGACCUCGAGCUCCUCCUGUGCUCCUCGGAUUGGGUGGAGUACUUCGUGGCUUCCAGGCGAAGCGAGGAACUGCCCCGCUGUCCCAUUGUCACGUUCACGCCACUCACACCUCGCCUGGCGGCUAUGGCCCAGCACCGGAACUUGAAUGUCUGGGACCUACCCUUCAUCGCCAACUUUGGCGAAGUCGCCGGCUGGGUGCCCUACGUAGGUGUCGGGGGCUUCGAUGUCAUGACGACCAUGUACCGUUCGAGGUCAGGAACGAAGAGUGAGCUGGCUGGAGUUUCGGUGAGCUUGAGGGGCUUGGCUAUGUGUGCUCAUCAGAUCCGCCAAGCACUGGGCCUUCGCAACGACGACCGGCACUUCAGCUACAUCUGGCCGGCCUUUACUGCGGAGCGAGUGGUGCUCCAUGCCGUGCUGGCUGCUGGGGGUGCCGUGGGCUUCUUUGGGGGAGUUCGCUCUCCGCGGAUCUUCGAGGACAUCCGACGACUGCAGCCGACCUUCCUCUUGGGUACAGCCAGUCUCUUCAGGAGGCAGAUCACCCGGCUGCAGACGAAGCACGUCGGCAUGCUUGGAAAUUUGAGCUACCAACUGCAGCGCUGGGCGCUCAGCCGCUGUCGGGUGGACUCCGAGCUUCCGGACAUGGAAGGCCAGCUCACGGGCAGCGACCUGCCGAGUGCGAGUUUUAUGCAGAUGGUGGCGAAGUGGUGUCUGACGAAGCCCCUCAGCCACUGGCUGAACAAGCCCUUUGUCAUCCCUCGCCACGUGCUGCUGGGCUCCAAGACGAGGCUCCGCUUCGUGCUGGCGCUAUGUGGUGCUGGCACCACAGCCUUGCCGCCGGACCGCUGUCUUUGGAUGAGGCUACUUCUUGGCUGCCCCGUGCUGAAGAGCUUCGUCUCGGUGGAGGCUGGUGGCAUGGUCACCUUGGGUGAGGCUCCCUACUACGGGGACACCUUCCAGGCCUUUUCCGUCGGGCGAGAACUGCCAGGGGUGGAGAUUGAGAUGCUGAAGCUCAACCUCCCGGAGGAUUUUCCUCCGCUCAGCGUGCUCGGUUCUCAUGAGGCAAACAUCGAGCUGGGCACUUUGAAAGUCAAGGGCCUUGCCACAGAGGAGGCCAAAGUGGGCAUUGUGGUUGGCCGGCGCGAUCAAGACCUGUUUGUCUAUGGUCGCCUAGUGUCCCUGCAGGAGUCUUCCCUGAAGCGGGGUGCUCUCUGCGAGGCGUUGGAGCAGCUCCUGCUCCAGGUCACUGGCCCUUGGCUGAUGCAACUCCUUUUGGUGGCGAAGCCACAGGGAGUUGUCGGCGUGGCUGCCGUGCGCCUUGAGGAGGUUUGGAGGCUGGCGAGAUUCUGGAGCAUCGACCGGGCUUCGAGCAGUGAGGACCUCUGCAGAGACCAGCGUGUCAUCAGUGUUUGCCUCCGUGAGCUCCACAAGCACGCCGCAAAGUUCGGCUUUUCUGAUGCGGAGAUGCCCCGCGCCUUGCGCCUUCAGGCCACGCCCUUCUCGUUGGAGGCGGGUCUCCAGACGCCGACCUUCCAACUGCGGCGCGAUCAGCUCCUUCCGCGCGUCUCGCAUGUCAUCGAGGAGCUCUAUGAUAGCUUGGAUGGCUCUCCGGAGUCGCAGAAGGACUUCAUCGUCGAGCGCAAGAAGAGGGGCAGCUUCUUCAGCAAGAAGAAGCAGCUUGGCUGGAUCUACAAGCCUUGUCGUUUCCAACGCUGGAGUGGCUUUGAAGGCAGUGUCAGCGACGAGGCGGCGGAGUUACCAGCUUUUUCCGAGCUUCCCGAUUCGGCGGUCACCAGUUUUCAGCGACCGUCAGCCCGCUAUUUAUCCUCGCUUCAAACUGGCUAUGCCUUUCCCGCAGGGGGCUUCGCAGCAAACGGCGCUGCCUCUCCGGCACGACAGGACGUUCCUUUCUGGCUAUCCAGUCCGACAGCCAUUCCUAGUGCCACAGGGAAAGCUGAUCAGAGUGCAGAGAACAUUGGGCAGGAGGAGAUUCGCAUCUUCAAAUCUCGGUCCUCGGAUGCCGAGCACAUCCGCAUUGAGCGGGCAAAGAUCGCGCCGCCUGACACCAAGGCAUGUCUACAUGCAGCUUUGGCUUUGGCGUGGGAGGCUAUGUUUGGAAUUAUGGCCGUGUUGCGCUUAGUUGCCGGUGGGCUAAGACUGAGAUUGCAUUGUGAAGCCCGUUUCUGGCUCGAGCAUGUCCAUGGAACGCUGUACAGUGACAUGAGAAGCAACAUGCAAGCUCGGGCACGAAACAGAUGCAUGCAGAAGGAUCACUCGAUGCUUAAAGACGGACUCUUGUGA